AUGAAAAACAUGUUCCGGACCGGGUUCCUGGUUCGGGCCACUCAUACUGUGCUUACCUGGGUCAUAACGCUGAUUCUCUUCGUGCACAACACUGAGUUGCGUCAAUGUGAGGAGCGCGGCGAGCUGACGCUUCCUGUGCUGUUCUUCCUGCUGGUGGUGCUGUCGGUGUUGUUGUACUUUGCGGUUUCUCUCAUGGACCCGGGUUUCGUCCUCUCCGACACUGUUAAGCCUUCAGAUUUGGAAACCGAGUCCAUGGUGCCUCAGUCAUCCACAUGUCGUCUGCGGCGUUGCGGCUUCUGCCUUCUGCAGCAGCCUAUGAGAGCCAAGCACUGCCCGACAUGCUCUCGUUGCGUGCGUCGCUUUGACCACCACUGCCCGUGGAUCGAGAACUGCGUUGGCGAGCGUAACCAUCGCUGGUUCGUGCUUUACCUGAUGGUGCAGCUCCUCACCCUGCUCUGGGCGUUGCGGGUCGCUAUUUCAGGCAUAUCUCCCAGCGCCACAUGGGAGUCAUGGUUCAGCAUCAAUGCUUUCCUAUUGGCGGCACUGUGCGUAGUGGCUGUGUUCUCUAUGGUGGUGUCCGUCCUGCUGGGCUGCCACAUCUACCUGGUGGCCAUCAACUGUACCACCUGGGAGUUUAUGUCCCGCCACCGCAUUGCAUACCUCAGGGAAUGCAGCGACGAAGACAGUCCCUUCGACCGUGGUGUCCUCUGCAACCUUUGGGACUUCUUCUGUGUGUGUGGCGCCGUGGCCUGGGAGCAGGUCUACCGCAGGAACCCGCAAAAUCCCGUCUGA